GGAGGCAGCCCGGGUUAGCCCGGCUAGCAUCUAGAUAGAUAGCACAGUCAACUCGCGCACGCAGCGCUGACAACAACAUAGCUGUGAAUCUGUUUCAAUACAAACACUUGUCUCCUAAUCUUCGCUCCGAGCAACUCAGCUCAGUCUGUGCGCGCUUUUAUUAACAUGUUGCUGACCUUACUAGUUGGCGCUCUGACCCUGCUGCUGGCCUGGGACUUUGUACGCAAGCGCCACAGCUAUGCCGUACUGAGCAAAUCGGGAAUUACGGGCCCCUUGUCGCUGCCCUUGGUCGGAUGUGGCUUACAGGCGCUGCACCUGGGCGCCGACAAUAUCAUCGAUUAUGUUGGCAACUGCUUCAGCAGCUAUGGCAAGACCUUUCGCUUGUGGAUACUCAACGAGUCGCAGAUCUACACGACACAGCUUGAGCACUUUGAGGCCAUUUUGAGUAGCACCACUCUGCUGGAGAAGGGUCAGCUAUAUCAGUUCCUGCGGCCCUUUCUGAACGACGGACUGCUCGUGAGUGUGGGCAAGAAAUGGCACUCUAGGCGCAAGGUCUUCUCUACAGUAUUCCAUUUCAAAAUACUGGAGCACUACGUGAGUAUUAUGGACAAGCAGGCCGACAUUUUGGUGGACAGCCUACAGCAAGUGGCCGAUGGAGAGCAGGCGGUGGAUACGCUCAAGUAUGUCUCGCUGGCAGCCCUCGAUAUUAUUACAGAGACGGCCAUGGGCGUGCAGGUAAAUGCACAAAGCGAUCCUGACUUUCCCUAUAUAAAGGCGUUGAAGAGCGUCGUUUACAUCCAGCCGGAUCGCAUGCUCAAGUUCUCUCAGCGCUAUGAAUGGCUCUUUAGAGUUACGGCUCCAUUGUUACACAGGAAACUGGUGAGCGAUAUUCGCAUCAUGCAUGACUUCACCGACAAGGUCAUUCGCGAGCGACGCGAGGCGGUGGAGCGAGCCAAGGCCGACGGCACCUACAAACCGUUGAGUCUGGGCGAUGAGGAAAUUGGCAGAAAGCCGCAAAUGGCAUUCCUGGAUAUUCUGUUGCAGGCCUCCAUUCAGGGCAGCCCGCUCACGGAUGCGGACAUACGCGAGGAGGUGGACACGUUCAUGUUCGAGGGCGAUGAUACGACCAGCAGCGGAGUGGCCCAUGCUCUCUACUCCAUAGCCAGACAUCCCGCGGUGCAGGCGAAGAUAUAUGAGGAGCUGGUGCGAGUGCUCGGCAGCGAUCCACGGGCCGCCAUCAGCCAGUCGCAGCUGCAGCAGCUCAAGUAUCUGGAGUGCGUCAUCAAAGAGACGAUGCGGCUCUACCCGCCGGUGCCAGCGGUUGGCCGAUACACGCGAAAGGAUCUCAAGAUUGGCGAUCAGAUAAUACCGGCACACACCAGCAUCUACAUGGUGCUCUACUUUGCGCAUCGGGAUCCAAAAUACUUUCCCGACCCGUUCAGCUUCAAGCCAGAGCGCUUCCUGGACGACACAGCAGAUGUGGAUGGCAAGCCACAAGCUGCCAACUUCUCCUAUUUGCCAUUCAGUGCUGGACCCAAGAACUGCAUUGGCCAAAAGUUCGCCAUGCUGGAGAUGAAGAUGCUGCUCAGCAAGGUGAUACGCUACUACGAACUAUUGCCAAAGGGCCCAGACAUAAAGCCCAUGAUGAACUUCAUAUUGCGCUCAACAACGGGCAUGCAUAUAGGUCUAAGGCCAAGACUUAAAUAGGCAUUGAUCAAGUUAUAUGUAGCAUUACAAAAGUACCUUUCUGUACGUAACAUAAAGUACCUAUCAUAUAAGUUCAGGGAUCCUAAAAAGGAAAUGGUUGUUACUUAUACAAAGACUUGCCCAAAAGGCAAGAUUUAAAUAUGAAUUUGAUGGAAGAGUU